CAAUGACCUCCUUUGCGUUUCCCUUUCCUUCGAUUUGUCAUGGAACCUGUUUUCGUCUGGAAACGCUCGGAGAUUCACUGCUAGAGUUUCGAAUUUUGUUCAGGGUCUAAGCUGUGAUUUCUCGAUUGAGUGGUCUAGGUCGUCGGGUUUUCGCAGCUGCAUUCUCUGAAUUUGGUUCAUAUGGAAGCUGUAGAAGAGAGUUCGGGUCUUUCAGAGCCCCCUGACCCCGAUGUUGUUGAAGUAGAUCCAACUUGUCGAUAUAUUCGGUAUAAAGAUGUACUGGGGAAAGGUGCCUUCAAGACGGUCUACAAGGCAUUUGAUGAGAUUGAUGGACUUGAAGUAGCUUGGAACCAAGUACAGAUUGAAGAUGUGUUACAGAAACCAGAAGACAUAGGAAAGCUUUACUCUGAAGUCCAUCUCCUGAAAUCUUUGAAGCAUAACAACAUAAUGAAGUUCUACAAUUCAUGGAUUGAUGAUCAAAACAGGACUGUUAACAUCAUCACUGAAUUGUUCACCUCGGGUAACUUGAGACAGUAUAGGAGGAAACAUAAGAAGGUUGACAUUAAGGCUGUGAAAGGCUGGGCGAGGCAGAUUUUGAUGGGUUUGAACUAUCUCCACUGUCAUGAUCCACCAAUAAUACAUAGGGACCUGAAGUGUGAUAACAUCUUUAUCAAUGGUAACCAUGGGGAAGUAAAGAUCGGGGACCUGGGGUUGGCAACUUUCCUGCAGAAGCCACAUGCACAUAGUGUGCAUGGUACUCCUGAGUUUAUGGCACCUGAGCUAUAUGAGGAAAAUUACAAUGAAUUAGUUGAUAUAUACUCCUUUGGGAUGUGCGUGUUAGAGAUGGUAACAUUUGAAUAUCCUUACAGUGAAUGUAGAAACUCAGCUCAGAUAUAUAAGAAGGUUUCAUCUGGAAUAAAGCCUGCUGCCCUCUCUAAGGUGAAAGAUCCAGAAGUGAAACAGUUCAUAGAAAAGUGUCUGGUUCCGGCAGAUCAAAGAUUACCAGCAAAGGAGCUUUUAAAGGACCCUUUUCUCCAAGUAAUGGAUUGCCCUCUGCCGCUUCCUGAUAUUGUUACACCCAAAGUAGGAGCCUUUGGAGAUUGUCGUGUGCUCUUGGAAGAGCCUACUAAUACACCGCACAUGCCUCUUUCCAUGGAGGUUGAUGCUGAUGAUGAGUGUGAGCCUCCUGUUAUCACAUCUAUUGAAAAUUCUUUUGCUGGUGGGUCAAACAUUAUAUGUUUGGAGAUUCAGAGGGCAACAAGGGGCAUUGACGUAAGAUUGAAUGGGGAAAAGAAAGAUGAGAAGACUGUAACACUAUUGUUUGAAAUUGCUUAUCAGGAUGGUCGUGUCAAGUAUGUAUGUUUCCCAUUCUAUCUCGGUGGGGAUACAGCUCUUUCAGUUGCUAGAGAAAUGGUUGAGCAACGAGAACUGGCUGAUCAGUAUGUUAAGUUCAUCGCUGAGUUGAUUGAUUUGAUGCUGAUGAACUUGAUACCCAAAUGGAGACCUUGUGUUCCCAUUGAUCAUCUAGUUGGGCCGCAUGGAAUCCAAAUGACUGAAGGCCAUAUCAAUGACCAAUUACCUAAACAGGGGGAAAAUUCUGCUCGGUCAUUCCAGAAUGCUUUUGAAGCUGCAGCUGUGGACAUUUCAAACCUUACAGGUCACCUUAAUUCUGCUUCUGUCAAAAGACCCAUUCAGCCUCUGGAGGAAGCUCUCAUGAAGCUCGAGGACGUCCCCUCACGUUUUAAUUUUCAACUUCAAAAUACAGCCACAGCUGAAGAUCAGACUUCUGGGAUGUCAUUCAUUUCAGUAGGCUGUACUGAAGGAAGUGAGAAGAAAUGCUUGGCCACAUGCAUGUCUGUGGAAUCAGGAUGUACAGGUUAUAAUGAAUAUGACAUGAAAAGAGAAGUUGCAGAAUCUUUGUAUGGAGUUGGAAGGGGUGGAUGGCUUGAUGACAGAGAUAUGGGAAUCAAAAAAAGCAUCAAUGAUGUGCAUGCGUCUAGUUAUCCAAGCAAUGCUUCAUCCUUAGUUUCGGGUGAAAAAAUUGCUGAUGAGUUGAGUUUGGAACUGGAGAUGAUUGAAUUGCGGUUCCAGCAGGAAAUUAAUGAGAUUUGCAAGAGAAAAUAUGAAGCCAUCAUCGAAGCAAAAAGAAGGUUUGUACAGUAAGAUAGCGUCGAUUUAGCAGUUAAUUGAAUACUUUUUUUCUUGCUCUUCCAAAUGUAGAAAGUUGUUCAUAGAACAGAACUAUAGAUUGUCCUUGAUUCAUAUUUGUUCGAGUGUGAUAUAAAUUUACCUUGAAC